UUUGCGCUACAUUUCUACAACAAACAACUUCUCUUACUUCUACAAACUUUAAGGGUUUAAAAAUAUCAAAAUUGACCAGCAAGCGACGUGUAGGAGACAGCACAAAGCUGUAAGAGCAAUCUGGACCUGGAUUAACUGUUGGCCAUUAAGUAGCCAUAGCCAGCUGAAAUGGGGAGAAAACUACAGUGCGCUGUUGUGACCUGUCCCAAUCACACCGUUGCAAAUGUAGACAAGAACGCCAUCAAGCUGCACAAAUUUCCAACCGAUAACACACUCCGCAAGAAGUGGUGUCUGCUUCUCGGCGUCAAAUACGACUCUCUGAAUCCAAAUUUCCCUCACAGACAUUUAGUUUGUCAUGAACACUUUGACAUGAAAACCUUUCACAGCCGAACUUGCCAACUACUCAACUCGUACGAAUCCACAGCAUCGCAAAAUACUUGCAGCAGAUUGUGCUCAUCAAUCCCAAAAGGAAUGCUGCCAACCAGAAACUUGCCUUCCUCCAUUGUGUCAGACCUGGCAGCCGAUACAUCAGAUUCUGCCGCGGACCUUAAACAGUUGCUCAUCGACAAAUUAUCCUUGGCGUCCACUUCAAAUGGCACUCAAAACUUGAUCCUCCCUUCAAAUGAUGCUGUCCUCCCAUCAAGCUCAAGCGUUGUUCAACCUGCUGCUGUUACCAAAACAAUGCCAAGAAUACUCAAACCAGGGACAUCUACUCCUGCGUCUACAAGAACACGAAGUGCAACCUUAGCUGCAGCUAGAAGCUCGCCAACAGUUUCAGUCAAAAUCGAGCCUACAACUUUGGAAUCUUAUCCCGUAGAAGUUUUUGAUGCCCAGAGACACCAACCAAUGCAAGUCUUUGUCUCUGGGGCACCUCAAGUAAACAUAGGAAACUCUCAAGCGACAGUUGCAAAGCCAAACAUCGUCUGCAAAAAGCCACCAAAUCCAUCACCAGCACCUCAGCAGCCAAUUGCGAACACUAAAAUCUUGCUUAAUCCUAAACUCAUCCUGCCAAAAAUGAGGGGGACUCUUGCAGUGCAGGCAAGACCCACAGUAGUUCCCCUUCCUGGCAACCUGCUGGCUGACAUGAUGGAUGGAAUGAACAGUGAUCCGGAUGCCCAAAUCGAACUUGUGUGGAGCGAAAAUCCAUUUCUUGCUCCUUUGUUGACUGAUGUGAACACCAUGUGUCGCAUGUGUGCUAAAUCGAACCUGUUGCUCACGAAAAUUGUUGAUCAAGAUUGUGACCUUGCCAAAAUGGUGAACGAGUGCCUUCCCUUCCAGGUCAACAAGAAUGAUGGAUUUUCUCAAAUGAUAUGUUUGCCUUGCCGUCGGUCUGUGAUUCGCACCCACAAGUUCUAUGUGCAGUGCAGAACAGCCAAUGCCCUCCAGAGAAAUAUUAACGCACAGAACAAUCUCAGCAGGGCUGCGUUACGUACAGUGGAUCCCAUUCCAAAACCAACUUUACCUGUGAAAAUUGUAUCCAGCACUGCAGAGGUCAGACCGGCCCCACCUGUGCUUGUAAAAGCAAAAGAAAUUGUGCUUCAGCGUGACAUUCCGAAAGCUGCCGCACCAAGUACUAUCAUAGCAGCUCCUAAAAGAACAUCUGAAACACCUCGAGUCGUGACUGACAAGAGAGCCAAGCAAGAAAAAUACCCCAAAAUCAAGCCUGAGACCCCUUUGUACUCUAUCUACAAGUUCCCUGAUCCACUGAACCUGAUGCAGGCGCCGGAUUAUGACUGCAAACGUUGCCCCACCUCGUACUGCUCAGUUAUGUCGCUAAUCAGGCACUACUGGACAACCCACCAGCAGCACUAUUGCAAGGAGUGCAACAGUGUGUUUGAUACCCGAAAGGACUUUGAGGGUCAUCACAUAGAGAUACACUUCAAGGUGCCUCCCAUUUACAACUUCCACUAUGAAGAGUUGGGCAGCAAAACGUGUUCAUUCUGUGGAAUCGACUUAGGCAGCGUUCCGGAACUACGAAGGCACUACGUCGUUGAGGGAAGCUGUCCAGCUCUGAUGGAGGAAUUAAUCCUGAGAGAAAGGAAGUUCAAGUACAAAUUCACUUGCAGCUUUUGUGGAAUGAUGCUGAAAUCGAGGCACACCUUGACCCGGCACAUUUUAACUCACGUCAACGUUUCUGACUAUCGGUGUAAAGAAUGCGACAAGAUAUUUACCCGCAAGGACAGACUAAAAGAGCACAUGUACACCCACUCUACGGAACACAACGAGCAGUGCGAUGUGUGCGGGGCCACUUUCAAAUCAAGGACUGGGCUUUCGCAGCACAAGGUGGUGCACGAGGGCCGCUGGAACAACCGCUGCACUUGCUGCUCGCAAACAUUCCGCUUCGUCAAGGACGCUGAAGCCCAUUUCAAGACGCAUUCGAAUGCUGAAAAGUCUAAGGUGAACUACAAUCCGUUCACCAAGGUUCACGAGCUUGAGUGUCCGUUCUGCCAGCGCCCCUUCAAGUGGGAAUACUACUACAAACUUCACCUGAAGACCCACGACCCCAACUCGAAGCACUUCAAGUCUGGAUUCCUGUGUGAUCAGUGUGGCCUGAAUUUCAGUAACAGACCAGCCUUGCGAAUGCACGUCAGCAAAGUGCAUGGCACUCCCAUCAUUUACGAGUGCAACCUUUGCGGAAGGAAAUACGAGAGCAAGCAGGGCCUCAAGCUGCACAUGGAGAAACACAUGGGCGAGAUGAAGCAGUGCAAGGAGUGCAAGCAGACGUUCAACGGCAUGACGAGUCUGCGGGCCCACCAGCGCAGCGUGCACAUUGACAAAAACUUUGAGUGCAACUAUUGCAGCAAGACUUUCAAGCUGAAAAGGCAGCUUGUCACACAUAUCAGAGUGCACACGGAUGAGCGACCGUUUCAGUGCAGGCACUGUCCGUCUGCGUUCAAACAGUGGGGAGAUCGCAGGAAACACGAAGCCCUGCAUUUGGACGGUAAAUGAAUCUCUUUUUACCUUAGAUUAGGUAAUCAAAAUUAAAUAUUCCGUGUAAAGUUAGAGUUUCAAUUGUAUUUCCGCCUCAUAGUAUUUAAACUCAAGUUUGGUUUGAUUAGUUCUCAACUUGGUUAUUUCACUCAUUCACACACUAGAGAGCAAUGUCUUUGUAUCUCUGGUCGGACUGUUGUGAAGCGAGUGAGGUGUGGCUGCUGUGGUUGCUUUCUUGCAGAGAGCCGUUGCUCAGCGUUCGCUGCAUGCGGAAAGUGCGUGGCAGCGUCCCAAAAUGCUGAGCAUGUGAAGGUCCUCUAAAGUGCUGCUGCAGUCUCAUUUGCGAUUUUAUCUGGCGCCGGUCCAGACUUUGAGUCGACAUAUUGUCCGCAGGUCCUUGCUCCAAGUAACCUGUAAAUUUUGAACCGGCGUUCAGAUUAAAUUAGAUCGAUACAGCGUGACGAUUGUAAAUUAUUUGAUUUGUCGGUUGAUGGAAAAACAAUUUGUUCUUCAAUUUGCCAAAAUCAAUAAAGAACCAUUUUCAAAUUUUCUCCUAAA